AUGGCGAUCGAUGGCGAAAAGAAGAAAGACCCAAGAGCUUGGGAUGCACUCACACCUUCAUUGGCCGAAUGGAUACUGGAUGCCAUCAAGUCAAUGGGGUUUGAAAAAAUGACCCCAGUACAAGCAUCAACCAUUCCCUUGUUUAUGGGAAAUAAAGAUGUUGUUGUAGAGGCUGUCACAGGUAGUGGGAAAACUUUGUCCUUUUUAAUACCUGUUGUGGAAAAGUUGUUGCGAUUGGAGGAACCUAUCAAGAAACACCAUGUUGGUGCUAUAAUUGUCUCUCCAACUCGGGAGCUCGCGACUCAAAUCCAUUCGGUCCUCACCUCUUUACUCGCAUUUCAUGAACCUUCUGCCGGAGCGCUGAAACCAUUGGAGGAAGGCGAGAAACGGAAACCUUCGUCAACGUUAAGAGUAGUCUCACAACUUCUACUAGGAGGUACAACUACCCCCGCGCAAGACCUCAGCAGAUUUCUUAAGAAUAGUCCGAAUCUCCUAAUUUCCACACCUGGCAGAUUACUAGAACUACUUUCCUCUCCACAUGUUCAUUGCCCACAGUCCUCGUUCGAGGUUUUGGUACUGGACGAGGCAGAUAGGUUAUUGGAUCUAGGUUUUAAGGAUGAUUUACAGAAGAUUCUCAGUCGUCUGCCGAAGCAAAGGCGAACAGGUCUUUUCAGUGCUAGUGUCAGUGAAGCAGUAGGGGAAAUAGUAAGGGUUGGUCUGAGGAACCCAGUGAAAAUCGCUGUGAAAGUGAAGGGGGCUGGAGGGGAUAAAAUGACCCCUGCGAGUCUUCAAAUGUCUUACCUAUUGACUCCGCCAACCCACAAGUUUCCUGCUCUGCUAUCAUUGCUGUCACAGCUUCAACCAACUCCCCAGAAAUCUAUUAUUUAUCUUUCGACUUGUGCCGCUGUCGAUUACUUCCAACCUUUACUCGAGGCAGUCCUGCCCAAGCAAUUUGCUCUAGUUUCAUUACAUGGCAAGCACCCACCUAACGUAAGGCAGAGGAAUUUCUCAAAAUAUGUCGCUGCAGUCAGCCCAACUAUACUACUCACCACAGAUGUAGCCGCAAGAGGUCUUGACAUACCACAGGUCGACUUGGUUGUGCAAAUAGACCCACCGUCAGACCCAAAGGUGUUUCUUCACAGAUGCGGAAGAGCAGGUCGAGCUGGGCGAAAGGGGUUGAGUGUCAUUUUUCUACAACCAGGAAGAGAGGAAGAUUAUAUCCCGUUUCUUGAAAUUCGUAAAACUCCGAUCACGCUCUUCAAACGGCCUGAAAUUAGCACGACUGAUGAUGCUGCUAAAAUUCUCAUCUCAAAGAUGCGUAAGGAAGUGCUCGCAGACCGUGCGCUUUAUGACAAAGGACAGCGUGCUUUCGUCAGCUGGGUUCAGGCAUACUCGAAACAUCAAGCAAGUAGUAUAUUCCGAGUUGCUGACCUUGACUGGACUGAUCUAGGCAAUGCUUGGGCACUUGUCAGAUUACCUAAAAUGCCUGAAUUGAAAAAGUGGGAAGGUGAUAAGACCUUGGGCAUUAAACUAGAUAUGUCUGAGUAUGCAUACAAAGACAAAGUGAGGGAAAAGGCAAGAAGAGUCGCAAUGGAGGAAGCCAAGAAUGCCGGCCCAUAUGUACCAACGGAAGAGCAAAUAGCAAGGAAGAAGCAAAGGGAGGCUUGGAGUCAGAAGCAUGAAAAACAAGAUUUGAAAGAGCUCAAGAGGGAAAAGAAGAAGAGAAAGAGAGAAAUCGAAAGACUCGACAAAAUGACAGACGAAGAAAAGAGGGUAGAGCAAGAAAAGGAGAGAGAGCUACAGGCUUUGAUCGAGCAGGUGAAAAGGAGGAAGAUUGAGGAUGAUGCUGAUGAAGAAUUUGAAGGUUUUGCUGAUUAG